AUGGAGCGCAAAAUGAAAUCUGCAAUAGAGGAGCUUGAGAAGAGGAUGAAAAAUCAAUUCAAUGCCAUCUUGGAGCACAUGGGAUUACCUAGCUUUGACGAGCGCAACAUCACUCCAGGAGACAAAUUAAGCCAACAAGAUCCUGAGACACCUAGAGAGACACCUAGAGAAGUACCUGGUUCGACACCUAAUCCUCCACUACUUGAUCCCCCGGUACCUAAUUUAGAGGAGGAGUCACAUUGUGAUCUUUUACUUCCCAAAUCAAAAGAUGGUGAGUUGGUUGUGGUAGCUUAUGGUUGGGCACAACCAUCGAGAGUGGGCCAAACAUCGCAUUUGUUGCCGGUAGCAGAUUUUUAUUUUAAUGUGUCCGUAGACACCAUUAUAUGUGGAUUUGAAGAUUUCCCUUUACCGGUCCCUAGGGCGGAUUGGAGCCUCUUUGUUCUCAAUGACGCAGAGGGUAGUUUUGUGAUAUGGCCACGUGCUUGGGUGCGAUUUACAGAUGAGGCUACACAGAAAACAAAAAAGGCAAAAAAUGUGAAGAAUUUGGAUGUGAACAAAGAGGUUUCGCAAGGAAACCAUUCAAAAUCGAAUGAGGUGGGCUCAAAAGCUAACAAUAACAAGGCGGAAUCACAACCUAUUCCUGCAAUUGUAGGAAAGAUUUCAUCCAAGGGCUCAUCUCCUGAUGCGACACCAAAAGGAACGCCACUUGUGAGUGAGCAAGUGAUCCAAUCUCUUAGCAAGUCAUGUCUUUGGCUACAUGCUCGGGUUAGCAACUUGCCGGAUUCUUCCCCAAUAAAGGUGGAUUUGGAGAAGUCCCAAUUCCACUACCUAGGUGAAGAUUCAGCUACUUGGGUAUAUAAAGUGGAUAUUCGGGAAUUCCUCUGUGGAGCGAUGUUAAAUAUAUCUAUAUUACAAGUCUUCAUGAGUGCACUUUACGAAGAUUUACUUGGAUGUGAUUCUGUUUCGAAAGUUGGGUGGUUAUGUCCACAAGAGAUUCGUGAUGCCAAUUGCUUGCACAACCAUGCUGAAGCGAAUGAGUACAUUGAACGGAGUAUUAGACAAUGUGUUCGAUCGGGUGAUAAGUAUAUUAUUGCUCCAUACAUUGAAGAGUAUGUUUUAGUAUCUAAUUGA